AGGAGCUGGUGAGUGAACAAUGAGUAGAAAGAGACUCAAGGACCACACCUAUUGAGCUAGAUCCCGCAUGGGAAUUUUGGGACAAAGCAUAUACAACAUCAUUCUUUAGUGUGCCCAGCUCAGGGGCUGUUGGAAAGUGGGCUGCUGGAUAACUCCAGCUGACUGCAGGGUUUGUGUGGUUGUGUGUGUGUGUGUGUGUGUGUGUGUGUGUGUGUGUCUGCAGCCUAUAUCCUCCUUUUUCUCCACCAGCCUCCCCCCUCCCCUCCAGCCACCCUGGGAUUGGUGAUUCACAGCCCCUCCUCCGGCUCCCCCAGACCCUCCCAGAGCCUUUAUCAGGGAGCUGGGCCGGUGUUCCUGCCACAUCCUCAGAUCCCCUCCACUCCCUGCACGGAGGGAGGCAGCGGCACUACCAGCGUGUGGGGAGUGGGCACUGCUGCCGACCAGCUCCCUGAUCCUGCUAGACCAUCUGCCCUGGGCUCAAAGCUACUCCACAGGCACCAUGAGGAGUGCCCUGCUGUUCGCAGCCAUUCUGGCCAUUAGCCUGGCUCACGGUUUGGGGGCUGUCUGUGAGGACUCACAGGAGCAGGUGGUGCCCGGUGGGGGCCACAACAAGAAGGACUUGGACCUCUACCAGCUGCCUCCAUCUUUGCUCCGGAAACUCUAUGACAGCCGCUCAGUCUCUCUGGAUGGAUUGCUCAAAAUGCUGAGCAAGGCUAGCGUGGAUCCUAAGGAAUCGCCACUUCCCCAGAAACGUGACAUGCACGACUUCUUCGUGGGACUUAUGGGCAAGAGGAACAGCCAGCCAGACACUUCUAUUGAUGUAAACCAAGAGAAUGUCCCCAGCUUUGGCACCCUCAAGUAUCCCCCCAGUGUGGAAUGAGCACUCCACUUCUGGACUCGUGGGCUGCAUCAUGAAGACACGUGCCCCCCACCUCCCAACCUCCAGCUGCACGUGCUCUAUUUCCCUUUCUUCGCCCCCCAGCCCCCCCACCUCGUAACACUCCUGUGCUUUGACUCCUUCCCCAUCCCUCUACCUCACCGUGAUGGAGAAACUGCAGAGUGAGCACCCUCAAUCCUAGUGGGCAUUGACCCUAGAUCCCCUUGGAUAAUGUAAGUGUCCUACAUUUAAAACUAUGACAUCUCUUUCCAUUCCUCAACAAUAAAAGAUUUUCACAUAUGA